AUGGGCGAAUCUCGGCAAGAACUCGUUCAGUGGUUGAAUAACCUGCUCCAGCUCAACAUCACCAAAGUCGAGCAAUGCGGCACCGGCGCUGCUCUCUGCCAAGUCUAUGACAGUAUAUACAUGGAUGUGCCUAUGCACAAGGUUAAGUUUAAUGUCAAUGGCGAAUACGCAUACGUUCAAAACUUCAAGGUCCUGCAAAACGCCUUCACAAAGCACCAGAUCGACAAGCCGAUCCCGAUCGAGCAGCUCGUCAAGUGCAAGAUGCAGGACAACCUCGAGUUCUUGCAGUGGACAAAGAAGUUUUGGGACCUCAACUUUCCCGAUCACGAAUAUGAUGCUGUCGCCCGCCGAAAGGGGGGAACACUCGCGACAGGAGGCCCAAAGGCAGCAGUAGCAUCCAGCGGUGGUGCCGCCAGAAGAGGCGGUACCACACCGAGCGCUCCCGGCCGUGCCGCCCCUAGAACGGCCGGCGCGCCUUCAGCCGCCCUCCAGCAAGAGAAUGCCACGCUGAAGGAGACUGUUGUGGGUCUCGAGCGCGAGCGCGACUUUUACUUUAGCAAGCUACGUGACAUCGAGCUACUCAUCCAGCAGGCCAUUGACGAGGAUCCUGAAAUCGACAAGCAGGAAGACGGGCUCGUGAAGCAGAUUCAAACCAUUCUGUACUCGACCGAGGAGGGCUUUGAAAUUCCUGAGGAGGGAGAGGCUGCAGAGGACCAGGAGACGUUUUGA